AUGACGUCCCGACGCUUGCACACGGCAGCCGGCGCGGAGACUGCUGUCAGCGCAACGACAAAUUUGCGCCGCAGCGAGCCUGUAGUUCGACCCAAUGGCUGCUCGAGCUGCCAACGAGCGGAGCUUUUCGCCCUCGGUGGGCACCAGCAGUGGCUGCGCGCCCUUGGUCUACGGCGCCAACGCGAGUCUGGCACCGACCUCGUUCGUCAAGCCAUGGGCGCGGCUGUCUGCGUCUGGCACGAGGUGCCUGAAGCGAACGAGGUGUUGACCCUGUCGCGGCUCGUCGGACUCCUACGUCGUUGCGAGCAUGUAUGA